AUGGAGAAAGGUGAACAUAUGAUUGAAGUCAAUGCCAGAAACAACUUCAGUCGUCAAACUACAGUUGUACGGACAGUGAAUGUGGUGGAUAGAUUUCAGAAUGUGCAGUUUCAGUGUCCAGCCGCGUCUGUUCCUGGUAACGAGAUCGUUUGUCGUGGAGAAUGGCGUGCGGGUUCUGGGACUGUUCAGUUUAGAUACGGUGAUGGUGUGUCGGAAAAUGUUAACUUUGGUGAGUUUCAUGAAGUUUCAAUUCAAACUGUCGUUUCCUUUCCUACGAUACGCUAUCCUUUGUGUUCGAGAAUCUUGGCGUUUACGCCAUCCCUUUUCAAAUGCCAAAACUCCCUUUUCAAAUGCCAGAACUCCCUUUUCAAAUGCCAAAACUCUCUUUUCAAAUACCAAAACUCUCUUUUCAAAUACCAAAACUCUCUUUUCAAAUAGCAAAACUCUCUUUUCAAAUACCAAAACUCUUUUUUUAAAUGCCAAAACUUUCUUUUCAAAUGCCAGUGUACAGAACCUUUACAAAUGGCAAACAUACAAGGAACGUAAUAUUUUCUUUUUAUAGAUAUUCCAGUAAAUGUACACAAUGAAUUGAACCAAACCCAGUCUGUGCUACCGGAGACGAUGAAUAGUUCACUCUCUACGUACGUCAUAACAACUGCUUUAAAUCUUCAAGCUGGUGAAGUAUCUCAUUGGGCUGUUGUGGCUGAAAAACCUGGUAGGAUCAGAGUUCAGGUAACAUUGCAAAUAAAAUAUCUUACGUACUGAACACAGGAAUCAUUGUUGGCUUUCAGUGGUGCGCUAAAGCAGGUGGUAAUCAACUUCACAAAGUUUGACCAUACACGGAUUUUCUGCUAAGAAAGUUUUUCCACCCCACCAGAGAAAAUUGCAUCCCGUUCAGAAAUGUAAAUGCUCCCCCAGAGCAAAAUCUGGAAAUCCGUCUAUGAUUUUGACACUUACUAUUAUAUAAUUCUAUUUAUUUGCCACCAAAUGCAAAUCUACUUGAUACCAUGAAAAUAAUUAACAAUAUUUCCCACGUUGAUAACUGCAGCACCAUCUGCUGCACAAUAGUGCUUAGUGAAAUCUACUUUCGUUUCUAGAUACUUCGUCCUUACUGCAACGCAACAGAGAAAUUUUCUCAGGACUUGUGUCUCUCUAAACUAAACAAUUCAAACAACAUUCUCGAUACCACGACAUGCAACAUUGACGAAACAUAUUGUCUAACUUGUUGGGGGCAAUGCACACCUUCGAACGGCACUCAAAAUACUCCGUACUAUUUUGCCACACCUCGCUAUAAUACGACGAGCGUAGGUUACGAACUGAUAUCUGAAGAUGUCGUCGUCAUUCCGAGCAUUGGUUAUCAUAUUUUCCCUACUGCAAGAAUCGUAACUUUCCAGAGAAAUGAUGUGAUAGCGUGGUCCUCAGAUGGAGGCCAGUUAAGGUACAUUGAAGAUGAAACGCAAACGACUCUAGAAUACCCUGCUAUUGGACAGACUGGAACAAAACUACAAGCGAACAGUUAUACCAAGAUGCAUUUCGGUGCUCAUGCCCUAACAGCAUACAUAAGACAACCGUUAAAAUUUGAACUUUAUCACACUUACCAAAAAUCCGGUGUAUACCAUAUCACAUCACCUGAAACCCCAACGUUAUCCAUAACAGUCGACUGCCCAAUAACCCCAUUUACUAUCAAUGUUCUCAAACUAUCCCAAACAAACUCGACUGUGUUCCUGACCACUGGUCUCCAUAAUGGAACUGGGGUUACAUACUCUUGGAACUUUGGGGAUAAUAGUACGAUGAACUCUUUGAAAUCUAGUACCACACAUGCAUAUACUUAUCCCGGUCAAUACCUUAUUAUCCUAUAUGCCAGCAAUUCUGUGAGUAAGUUCGCAGUGAAUGCUAGUAUUGAGAUAUUAGAGCCAAUCAGAGGUUGCCAUAUUCAACCAAUCAGAGCAAUUGUUUUGGGAAAACCAAUAAUCUUAAAGUGGCACUGUGCGUUUGGUUCAAAUGUCACAUUUUCAGUUAAUUUUGACGACGGUCAUAUUGCUGAAUUUCGACCAGUGUCCGACAAUUUUAUCGGAAAUAAUUUGUCGUAUACCUACACAUCCGCUGGUCAUUAUGAAGUCAAGAUUGUGGUCUCAAGUCCCUUGGAAACAAACGUGAGUUUAACAGAACAUGUUCUGGUUGAAAUCCCUGUGCAAGGUUUAGAAGUUAGACUACUGAAUAUGGGCCAUGCUGAGGUUUUAUACAUCGCAACCUUAAGCGAGGUGUCAGUCGAACGUGUUCUGACACGUGGCACACAUGUGAUGUGCACGUUUGAUUUUGGAGAUGAGAUGUUUGUCACGAGUGCAGAACUAACAGUUAACCACACUUAUCGCAAGCCAGACAGUUAUCAUGUGAAUAUCACAUGCUAUAAUCAUAUAAGUUUUACGUGGACAGUUCUGGAUACGAGUAUAAUAGUUGAGGAUGUUUCACCUUUACAAAAUCUAACCCUAAAUGUCAAUCCGGCAAUUUUUGGAGAAACAUCAACUUUUGAGUUGGUCAUCCCUUACGGUAACUUCUUCAGUUGUGAAUGGGAUUUAGGGGAUAAUACAACACAUACCACUUCUUAUCCACAAGUGAAGAGCUUUAUCCCUCACCGUUAUCGUGAAGUAGGUGCUUACAAUGUUUUCGUAACCUGCCGUAACGAGCUCGGGGAGGACUCGGUAACGGCGCGUGCCGAAGUUGAUGAGCCAAUCGGAAAUGUUUCUUUAAUGAAUCCAAGUUCUUUUGUCGCCGUAAACCAGUCAGUGGCGUUUACUCUGAAGUUGUCAAAAGGCUCACGGGUGAAAUACUGUAUUGAUUGUAAUGGUAGAUAUCUAUAUCUGGGUAGUAACGUUACCACAACAACGAUAACAUAUGCUUACACCACCGCUGGUCAAUACUCAGUUAUUGUACAUUUAUGGAACUAUGUAAGCUCAACCACUGUUACCGCUCUAAGACCGUUAACAGUUCAAUAUUCAGUCACAAACAUUGAAAUAUUUACAGCUCAACCAAGAAGAUGCCCUUCUUUAAGCGUUGCUGUUUGUUUAAAUUUAACUAAAAAUACUCAUCCGCCUUCAAAUGCAUCAGUUUUAAUCAGACAUGGCGACAAUUCAAAUCAAACCCUUAUAAUUACUGAUUUUAACUCUCAAAUGUGUCUUGGAAACCAUAAAUAUGCUUCUCCUGGUGUUUAUAAUAUAACUACAAAUAUCUCCAAUCAUAUCAGCAGUCAGAAUCUUGUACUCGAAGUCAAAAUACAAAACCAUCCAUUGAGCGGCAUAAGUGCUAGCUAUAAAAACGGUUCCGUGUUUCACAACGGCCUGGGGCCGAAUAACCUGUAUUUUCCCGUCACAAAAGUUAUAAAAUUAGAAAUUGAAGAGGAUCGAUAUGACGUCGGCUAUGAUUGGAAAAUUGGGAACGAGAGUCUAGGACAAAAACGCGUUAUUCAGAAAGUGUUUUCGAACAGUGGAUGUUAUAAUGUGACGGUGGUUGUCAAGAGUUCAUCUCUGGAUGAAAAAUGCUUCAGGCUUGUUUGUAUCGAGGAAACACUUGAUGACCUAAACUUAAGUGUUAUACAGCCGACUUAUUUCAAGGAUCCGACAAUGGUUACAUUCUCGGUUAAAAAUGACAAUAUUCCAUCUUGUUUUCGCCUUGAUUUAGGCGACAACACGUCUGUAACUUUUGGCCCUUCCGCAUGUGGGAGCGACUAUCAAAAUCUCUCUAGUUAUACGCAUGCGUAUGAGCAACGAGGAAAUUAUACUGUUACGUUGACACGCUGGAACCACGUGAGUACAAUCAAACGCUCUGUCGAGGUUUUUAUUUGGGACGAAGCUUGCGAGAAUGUUGGAGUUAAUAUUACUGGAGGUGGUUUCAAAGAUCGGCCUACGAUCGUCAGAGGGUCGGGAGUACUCGUACUCGAUGCUCACGUCAGCCAUAAAUGUCACGUGGCUAAGAUGGUGUUUAUUCAUUGGUCAGUUUUUGAGUGGGAGUUUGGCGGUUAUGGUCCACAAGUAGUAGUCGGUGAUCUUCGUGAAAUUAUGAUAUAUGAGAAUUCUAGUGACUAUUUAACCAAUGUGUUUUCUAUAGCAGGGUCAAAUUUUGGAACUGGAAUUUAUGUCGUUAGAGUUACAGUUGGUUUUAUUGGGAUAGAUCGGGAUUUGAGGAACAUUACUGGAUCAAAUCAUACGUGGUUUGAGGUGUCCAGACCUUCACUUAUCGCGCGGAUUAAAGGUAAGAUGUGUUCCUUGAUAAUUUAUGUUGACUGACUAAACUGGACUAGCUUGAUAUUGUGUAGCUCUAUCCGUUCUAAACUGUUCUCUCUAGAGCUCCUGUAAUGUCAUCUCUUAUUCAUUCAACGUUGCCACAGGAGGAAUCUGGAGUAACCUGAGAUGUUUUAUUGUUUUACUGAAAGCACUCUUCUCACAUGUGAAGUGAAAUUAUAAUCAGACAACUGCAUUAUUGCAGAAAUCAAACCCUGAUCACAUAGGUGGAACUAUGCCAUCGACACAAUCUGGCACCCUUAAAUCGUACAAUUUCUUUCAGGCGGUAUAUCUCGGUCCGUUCCAUGGAAUGAAAAGUUCGUUCUUGACGGAAGUGGAUCGCGCAACUUGGGAAAUAUUCCUGCAAAGCUUCAUUUCUCAUGGUUAUGUCGCCUGGCAACGUAUCCCAUGGCUAUCAAUAUGUCAUCACCUGGGUGUUCCCAUAAUGGCAGCAGUGUUAUGGGGAAUACUUUGGUUUUAGUGCUAGAUUCUGGAAAUCUUUAUCCGAACCAGGAGUAUGUAUUUAGCUUGGUGGUCAGGGAAGGUAUCCGUAAGUCGUAUGCUGAGCAAAACGUGUUUGUACUUGACGGGCCUGUCCCCUCGUUGGAUUUAAGGUGGGUUGAGUUUGGGGGGAGAGAGGGAGGUGGGGUAAGAGGGAGGGAGGAGGGGUGAGAGAGGGAGGGAGGAUGGGUGAAAGGGGGAGGGAAGAGGAGUGAGGGGAGGAGGAGGUGGGGUGAGAGAGGGAGGGAGGGGGAGUGAGAGAGGAGAAGUGAGAGAGGGAGGGAGGAUGAGUGAGAGAGGGAGGGAGGAGAGAUGAGAGAGGGAGGGAGGAGGGGGGAGGGAGGAGGGGUGAGAGAGGGAGGAAGUUGGGUGAAAGAAAGUAGGGAGAGAGUGAGGGAGGAAUGGAAGUAAAGGAGGGUAAAGAAGGGUGAAGAUGGGAAAGGAGAGGGAGCAAGAUGAGUGAAGAGGAGGGAGGAAAGAUUGGUGGAAAGAAAGGAAGUGAGAUGGAAGGAAUGAUGGAGGGACAAAGGGAGGUAGGUGAGAAAGAAAGAAAGGCAGAGGGGAGGGCAGUAUGGAUAUAGAAUGUUGCAUUCUCAGAAACUAAAGCAAAUUGAUAGAACAGUAACACCAAAAUAUAUUUCACAUAUUCUGUUUCUCUAUAGAUGUAUUGUGAACUGUAAAGAAACAAUAAAUCCAAGCAAACGUUUACUGUUGGAAAGCAAAUGCUUAAACUGUCAAACUGACACAAGACUUUACUAUCAAUGGUCUAUAUAUAUCUGUAACGGAACAAUACACUCUUGCCAAGAGCUGCCAAACUUUCAAACAAAAACCUCAACAGGUCUUCAAGGCGCUAACAUUGCAACGAAGGAGAAUGUUUUAGAAAUUGGAGCUACGUAUAGAGUGCGUUGCAGGGCGUGGAGGCUCGGUUCUGCCAAUGCUGGUUAUGUCGAUUAUUUACUCAACGUGAACAGUCCACCAAAAAAUGGACAUUGCUCUGUGAAGCCUGAAGAAGGAUUUGCAUUGGAAACUUUGUUUAAUGUUUUCUGCUCUGGUUGGUGGGAUAAAGAUAAGCCACUCUCAUAUUUAAUCGGUAUGUUGUUUUAUCAAAAUUAUUUACCCAUCUUUAUGUGAAACUAUGUCUCCAUCGUGGAUACAUCAUCUACAAUAAUCUGUCGUGGUUUGUGUCUCAACUACCUGAAAAAAUAUCUCAAGUUACGUGGUGGUCCAGUGUAGGUACUAUUCUACAAUAAGCUGCCGUGGUUUGUGUCUGUACUACCUGAAAAAGAUAUCUCAAACGUGGUGGUCCAGUGUAGGUAGUAUUCUACAAUAAGCUGCCGUGGUUUGUGUCUGAACUACCUGAAAAGAUUAAAACCCUUUGGAUGAUUCGAGCGAAGUCCCUUCGUCAAAAAGUUGAGCGGAACCACACUUCUAAAUUCCUGACGAUGGUCUUUUGCUCGUCGAGUUGUUAAUAGUAAGAUUCUAUCGCUACUAUUAACCAAUCCGGAUGCGUACUGGGCCAUUGAGAGGUAGUCUCUGUAUUAAUCUGUUCAGGUAGUUCUGACACAAACAAUGUAAAAAUACUACCUACACUGGUGACGUUUCUUAGUUUAGCAAGCCGUAGUAAUAUGAUAAGUUUUCUUAACAGAAGUACAGAAUGAUGACUAUCAAACUUACUUGGCAUCCGGAACACAGUCCAGUGUGUCCAUAUAUCUGCCAGUGGGCGCAGCUGAGAGAAACUUCUCACUCGAUGUCAUUGUUAAGGUGGCUGAUGGAAGAUUAUUUAGUACAACCAUUCUGCGCUCUGUUAAGGUCUGUAAGCAAUCAAUCAAUCUUGGUUGAUUUUUUUGGUUUAUUGGUUUAGUAGGAGUGUAUAGGUCAGUGACAAUCACAUUUUAGAACUGAUAGAGCUAUCCAGUAUAAAUAAAGUUAGUUUAGUUUAAUGAUUGUUUGAUUUAAUGGUGUUUAUUUUAUCAAUUUUUCUUCCCUUCAAAUUUAGGUUUUCCUUCCAACUACUGUGAAUUAUUCGCGCGUUAUCGACGAUGUUCAGAGAGCAGCCGACUCUCGCGCUAACGACGAAGUAUUUGGAUUAGUUUUAUCACUUUGUUCAGUCAUGAACAACAACUUGAACGCUUCAAGACAAAAUUUUACGGCCCAGUCUGAGGUAACUAAUCUUAAAAACAGUAACUUGUUUCCAAGUCACUUGCGUUGCAUGUAAUUGUUUUUGAAUUACAAGUUUAUUUUUUUUUUCUCAGGUGCGUUUGAAAGUUGGUCGGAUUUUAGCAGCUACAAAUACCACGGAGUUAAAGCAUGUUCGGGGAAUUAGCGAUGCAUUUGAAGCACUCACUGCAAAACCUGAUGAAAUAAGUUUGGAGUUGCAGGUAUAGGAUAUGUUUCACUAGGAAGAAAGCAGCGGAUUAAUAAGGAUACAACUACCUAAAAAUACAAGGAGAACUUCGACGUGUUGAGCGAAGGCCCCUCGUUCAUUAUCGUGCAGCAGUUGGGUUUGUCGGUUAACUGAGUCAAAUCCAAGCCCGAGUCAAAUCCGAGCCUGAGUCAAAUCCAAAUCUGAGUCAAAUCCGAGUCAAAUGUCCGAGUCACUGUUUAGCAGUCUUUGUAGUUCAAUGACUUAGUAUCAUAACACUACUCCUCCCUAACCCUGCUCCUAACCCUACUCCUAACCCUAACCCUACUCCUAACCCCUACUCCUAACCCUACCCCUACUCCUAACCCUACUUCUAACCCUACUCCUAACCCUACUCGAUUGUGAAUUUUAUUCAAUUUCGUUUUUACGUGACUCAGCUCGGACGUUUGACUCUGGUUUGGAAUUGACUCGGACUCGGAUUUGACUUGGUAAAUGACUUUACUCUGCAUAGCAGUUCAACCUGCGGUUAUCAGAGUGAGUUAUCAUUCAUUAUAUGCAGUAGUCGUGUACGACUGCUCCGUUAUGCUCACUAAAACCCAGUACCAUUGUUAUUGCUAUCUUAUUUAGAACGAAGUGACAGAAACCAUUCAAAGAACAAAUCCCGUUAUUGAAAGUUUGGCUAAUACAUCACAUGACAUCCGCGUGGUGGGCGACAGUCUCCACAGAGUUCUCAGCAACGUUGUCGGAGCCGUGCUGCUGACGUCAGUCAAUGCGGUAACCAUGGGAACAAAUAUCUCGACAAACAUCACGGUGACUUUCGCUGAUAUGAAGGUGAGUUACUUGAUAUAAGGUCAGGUAUAAUGGAACAGUUGUAUGGUUGAUUGUUACGGCUAAAGCUCAAGUUUGACUAUACUAAACAACACAGGGUUCCUCCUGUAGCAACACUACAUCAAUAAGGUUUGGACUUUUAUUACUUCUAGGGCGAACAAUUUAGUUAGUUUGGUUUAGGUUUCCUCCUGUAGUACCACUGGAUCAAUAAGAUAUGAUCCUUACUGGACCUCUAAGAAGAACAGUUUAGAACUGAUAGAACUAUCCAGUAUAAAUAAAGUUAGUUUAGUUUAGGUUUCUUCCUGUAGUAACACUGGAUCAAUAAGAGAUUAUCUUUACCGGACCUCUAGGGAGAACAGUUUAGAACUGAUAGAGCUAUCCUGUAUAAAUAUAGUUAGUUUAGUUUAGGUUUCUUCCUGUAGUAACAGUGGAUCAAUAAGAGAUGAUUCUUACUGGACCUCUAGGAAGAACAGUUUAGAACUGAUAGAGCUAUCCUGUAUAGUUUAGUUUAGGUUUCUUCCUGUAGUAACACUGGAUCAAUAAGAGAUGAUUCUUACUGGACCUCUAGGGAGAACAGUUCAGAACUGAUAGAGCUAUCGAGUAUAAAUAAAGUUAGUUUGGUUUAACUAUGUUUAGUUUAAACAUGCUAAUUAAUGUCUAUUGUUUUUUUAUAGGCACAGAGCAUUCAAAACACUUUCCAAACAAUAGAUGAAGUGAACAACGUUCUACUACAACAAGUGUUAGCUGGAGAUCAGUCCACUAGAAUCAAGACAGACAACUAUGAUAUAUGCCUGGCGAAGGGAAGUAUUGAAGAUCUUAUCAAGAACAAUCGGGGCAAUGGUACAAAAUUUCCUCUUCAAUUUCAAGAUUCCAGUCGUUUGGUGGAAAAUACGAACUUUACUGAACGCAAUGUUCUUGGCGUGACGGUAUUAUGUUAUUAAAAUUAUAUACAAUUUGAUAAAGGCCGAUUUCCACUACGCAGCUUUUACCUAAAACUGUCGGAGUUUGUUUUUGCUUGAUUUACACAGUACAACCCAGUUCACAAAACACGGCAGUUUAUUUUAUUUACUUAACUGCUCAUUCUGUUUUUCUAUUUUACAGGUUACUGAUUUGUCUAAAACACCCAGCAACCUUUACGACACAACUGCUGAAGAAAUCAACUCGAAUAUAUUACGUAUUAACGUGAAAGACUCUUUUGGACAACCUGUCGAUAUGAGCGACAUUGGUCUUUCCAUAUUUGUCAAAAGUCCACCACGGGAUCACAAGGCGGACGAAUUCUUUGUUAUCCAUUCUCGAAAUUCUUUUAAAAUUCAUAGAUUUAAUCGAACUACAUCGGACGCUGCUCUUGUAUUGAUAUUCAGCGUAGUUGAUAGAUCGCUGAGCCUGCGUGCCUUUCUAAGUGUUGGUCAGCGGCCAACUUUGAAAAAAUACAGCCUCAAAACCGAGUUUACCGCAAACAAUUUGACCAGCGGGCAUUACACGUGGGUAGUGUCACGUGAUGUGUUACGUAAUAUCACGCAGUCUCCAGAGUCCCAUGGAUAUUUUCUCGGUGUGGCAUGGAGUGGGGGAAUGGGACUAGGAAAUAUGAAUUAUAGUUUACAUGUAGCCUGGGUGAAAUGUCUGUUGUUAGAGGAAGGAGGGGGGACUUGGACGAGUGCUGGAUGUGAGGUAAGGACGAAGAGACGUCAUUGUAUAACUGUCCCACCCACCUAUUGUUGUUUCGACAAGAGUUUUUCAAGUAGCUAAUAUGAAGUGGUGUCUAUUUUAUCUCUAGGUUGGUUCCCUCACAUCUUUGGAAAGAACUCACUGCAUUUGCCAGCCAGGCCAAACCGAUCGUUUCAGACGCCUGACGAGAUCAGCGGAAUUUAGCAGGAAAAAGAUGUUUAAAAUUGCCGUUGGAGGUUUGCAUUUAUCUAUCUAUCUAUCUAUUCUAAACUAACUUUAUUUAUUUAUAUUUGAUCUGAUUAUAAGUAAAUUAUCAUUUAACCUUUUGAUCUCUUUCCCUAGCUGGAGUGUUUCCCACUCCGAACAAGAUCAAUUUUCACUACGUAUUCGACGCUGAUAUCAGCAACAACCCACUGGCAUUGAUUGCUGUCUCGACAGUGUUUGGAAUCUACUUGAUUCUGAUUGUCUGUGCACGAAGACGAGACCGUAAAGACUCAGACAAAGUAAGAUGACUAGCUCUAUUUAUUCUGAAUAACCAGGUUCAUAUAAUAACCAAGUCUAAACUGUUAAUAAUCGGGUCUAAACUGUUCUCCCUAGAGACCCAGUAAAGAUCAUCUCUUUGAUCCAGUGUUACUACAGGAGGAAACCUAAACUAAACUAACUUUAUUUAUACUGGAUAGCUCUAUCAGUUCUAAACUGUUCUUCCUAGAGGUCCAGUAAAGAUCAUCUCUUUGAUCCAGUGUUACUACUGAAGGAUGAAACCUAAACUAAAGUAGCUUUAUUUUUGCUGGAUAGCUCUUUCAGUUCUAAACUGUUCUCCCUAGAAGUCCAGUGAGGAUUAUGUCUUAUUGAUCCAGCCAGUUACUACAGGAGGAAACCUAAACUAAACUAAUUUUAUUUAUACUGGAUAGCUCUAUCAGUUCUAAUCUGUUCUUCCUAGAGGUCCAGUAAGGAUUAUGUCUUAUUGAUCAAGUGUUACCACAGGAGGUAGCGCAGAACACGGAGAAAACCUGUGAUGUUUGGUAGAGUCAAACUGGAAGCACUCUUCUCACAUGUGGCUGAGGUGAAAUUAUAAUCAGACAACUGUAUAUUGCAAAAAUCAAACCCCAGUCACAGAAGUACAAGUACCAGCCACUGUGAUACUAAAACCAUUUAACAUAGUCAUUUAAAUUGACUUCAGAUUGGUGUAACAGAGUUGCCUAGCAACAAGCUAUCAGACAAGUACUUCUAUGAAGUAAUAAUCUACACCGGCUCCGUGUAUGACGCUGGCACUUCUGCGCAUGUCUCGAUCUCGCUAAGGGGCACCGAGGGAGACCUGGGUCCUAGACUACUGCACGAUCCCAUGAGGCAAUGCUUUCAAAGAUCAGCUAUAGACACGUUCCUCAUCAGCUCACGUGAUCCCGUUGGUGACGUCAGCUAUCUCCAAAUAUGGCAUGACAAUACGGGGGCGGCGCCAUCUUGGUUUUUGGAUAAAAUUGUGGUCCGUGACCUUAAUGAUAAAAAGAGUUGCAUAUUCUACAACGAAACAUGGUUAGCAGUUGAGAAUAAUGAAGGAGGAAUACAGAAGCUGCUUUUCUCAGCAUGCAAGGACGAAAUAACCCAAUUCAAAAGGCUCUUUAAUUCCACAAUUCAUAGUAACUUGAAAGACCGUCAUCUCUGGUUUUCACUCCUGUCAAGGCCUGUGGACAGUCGUUUCACAUUGGUUCAGCGGUUAUCAUGUUGUCUCAGCUUACUGUACACGACAAUGCUUGCCAACGCGAUGUUCUACCAGGAGACCGAGGCGAGCUCGCCCGAAUCAUGCUUAAUUAUAGGACCGUUCAUGUUCGGCUUACGCGAACUAGGAGUUGGGGUGAUGAGUGCAUUGAUCAUUGUCCCUAUCAAUGCGGGAAUCGUGUGGAUAUUUCGGAAUGUGGAAGCGAAGCCCUGCAAAGAGGAGUUGGGAACUAGAAGAGAGAAGACUAGACUAUGGUGGUUCUUUGAAAUGUUUUUCUGUUGUUUUAAGUCGAGACUAUAUCCAAGUUCGCUGACGACGAGGAGAGCUAGUGAUUAUUUUUACAAUGAUGAUGUGGAUGUGCGAGACAAGGUGAGAAAAUUUUGCAGAAGGAUUUUGUAGGUGGAAAUUUCCGCCGUGAAUUUUAUACAUUUAUUUAGAUAUAACCGGGAGCAGUUGUGAAAAAUACAACUAUAGGUCUCUGGCACAGGGCCGGAUUAACCACGUGGCAGAUGCGGCAUAUGCCGCGGGCCUCACGCUUAUUGGGGCCUCGCGCUUUAAUGUGCCACGCCCAUUUUUUACGAGAACACACCCAUUUUCUAUUACGACACGCCCGUUUUAGGUGCCUCGCGAAUUUAAAUGCCUCGCGAAUUUAGGGACCUCGCGCAUUUCUGCCCCUAGGCUUGGCAGUUGGCCCCAGGAAAAUAUGCAAUACUCGUAUCCAUGUAAUCUCCAGUUGCGCAGAGCUGUUAUAUGAUCCUGUUUAUACUUGUUGACCCAACGACUGGGCCAGGCAGGUCAUUGUCUCGUUUACAAUUGAUGCCAAUCAAUUGAAAUAUUGAAAACAAUUAUUUAACAAUUUUGUGUGUCUUUGAAUUCAAUGGUUUUCAUAACGAGGGGGGGGGGGAGGCUUGCGCUAGAAUCUGCCACGGGCCUCACGCGACGUUAAUCCGGCCCUGCUUAGUCUGGCAGGAAUCGAAACUGCGAAUCCAUCUUCCAAACCGUUCUACAAUGGGCAAUUCCCAUAAAAGACUAAUUUUCAAACUAGGCGAGGAGAUGCAAAUAAAUCACCACAGUUAGAAAGAGCAUACUAAAAUGAGUAAAAUUUGCAAAGUUUGGUUGCGAAAUGUUGUAAAAUGCGGAAAAUAUAGCCUUGCAAAGUUCACAAAUUUUGUAUACUUUUGUAUUGCGUGCGGAAAUUGCUACCACAUUUGGGUCGAAAUGUGGUAGCAAUUUCCGCACGCAAUACAAAAGCAUACAAAAUGUGCGAACUUUGCAAGGCUAUAUUUUCCGCAUUUUACAACAUUUCGCAACCAAACUUUGCAAUUUUACUCAUUUUAGUAUGCUCUUUCCGAGAAUAUACUUUUUGCCAAGAUAAAACAAUUAGUCUAUAAUGGCAAUUGUCUAUUACUUUAGAUGCCCAUUUCCUCUUGGUGGUCGACUUUAUAAAUGUUGACACAGGGAGAAACUAAAUCUCUCAACAGACCCUUCACCUAUUUUGCUAUGAAAUAUUUUUAUUUGGUUCCAGGUUCCCAGGUCGCAUUCCGAGAAUUCAUUGAGAAACCAGGAUGUUCCAGUUCAAAUCUCAAAUGACGCCAUCAAGCUUUCCAGGAAACCCAAAGGGUCCUCAACAUCUAUCCAGCUGCCUUACUGGUAUAUUUAUGUCGCGUGGACACUUGUAUGUCUGACUUGUGUGAUCUCUGUAUUCUUUGUGGUUCUCUAUGGAUUACAGUUUGGUAAAGUGGUAUCUUAUCAGUGGUUGAGUUCAAUGACUGUCUCGUUUGUACAAGAUGUCUUAAUCUCUGAACCACUUAAAGUAAGUUGAACGCUUUUCCUAUUACCCAGCACUCGUUCCUGUCUGAUUUUGGGUCAGCUAUUCAGAUUUUUGUCCUCCAUUGUUGUCUAUCCACCGUCAGUUCUUUGAUAUGUAGAGUGUCUCUAUAAGAAAUAUUCAUAUUUUCACUAUGUUUAUUUUUGUAGGUUUUUUCAAUAGCUGUUGUUGUUGCGCUAAUAAUAAAGAAACCGCAGAAUUCUGAACACGAGAAUAAAGACUAUGAAAGAACGAUUGUGGAUCGUCAUACUGUGCAAAAUACAGACGAUUUAGGUAGGAUGAAGAAGGGCUUCUGAACUUAUAGCGCGCAUGUUUGCAUGAAAAUAUGUUCAUAGAUACUGGUUAGUUCUUGAAAAAUUUCAUUCAUUUUUUCUGUAGAAUCAAAAGUGGAUGAUUACAGUGACACGUUCCAUUCAAAACCUCCAGACAGAAAAGAUCUUGAAAUGGCAAGAAACAAAAGGUAUGCGUUCUUUAGUGCAAUGUUGUCUCCUGUGGUACACGCGUAAAAACGCACAAGUUUUAACAAACCUGCAGCAGAUUUGUAGCAAUGCUGUUCCAACAACUUGUCAACAGGAUGUGUUCGCACUGCUUGUUCCCAGCUUGUUGACAAGUUGUUAACAACUUGUUGACAACUUGCUACAAGGUUGUUGAGCUCAACAGACUUGUUACAAGUUGUUCCAACAACUUGUCAUCGAUGGUCCUGCAAUUCAACAAUUUGUCAACAAGUUGUGAGUGACAACCUUGUAGCAACUUGAUAAAAUAACAGCAUUGUUACAGCUUGUUGACAAGCUUGCUACAAGCUGCAGACGCCAUCAGCGUGCAAUAGUUCUUUUUUUGGACCAAAGUUCGGCCCAAAAAAGUAUUAUUGCACACUGUGGUUACCAAGCCCCGGCGCGGUCCAUUGUUUGCUAAAAAGCGCGCGAAAAUUCCAUAUUUUUAAAAGCGUAAACAAAAUGACUUUGAGCCGGUUCGCAACGUUAAAUUAUCAAGAAAUUUUCAAGUUAUUGACCGAAAAAGACAGCGAAUAUACAAAGAGGUCAGCAAAAGUUUGAGGAGUAUCUUAAAGAGUUAAACAAAAACAAAGAAAUUAUCCUCAAGACGCCAUUGAAUUGGCAGAAAUUUUGAAGCUUUUCUACGCCGAAGCUAGAUAUUUACCCACUGGUGUUGGUUCUUGCUUUCUUUCAUUCUAGCUUUUGAAUAUAUAAUAAAACAAUUAUUGAAUUCGGUUUUCGUAUGAUAUCGACAAUUAUCAAGGCCUCACACAAACACAAACCUUGGCCUUGAUAAUUCUCGAUAUUAUACUCAACCUCAUUCAAUAAUUGUUUAUUAAUUCUCUUCUAUCCUAACGUUGCUGUGUUAUUUUUCUAAAGGUUAAAGGAACUUCGUACUGGUGCUCUCUUGAGAGAACUAUGUCUCUAUGUCCUCUUCCUGUUUUGCUUGUCAGCAGUGACUUACAAAAACAAGAAUCCGAUGUCUUUCCAAGUCUACAAAACUAUGAGAGAUUUACUUGUUGAACCAACUAAUGCUACAGUUAGCUUCGAACAGGUAACUGGUUUAAUUUUAAUAAGCACACACGUACAAACGCACAAGUUGUAACAAACCUGCAGCAGAUUUGUAGCAAUGCUCUUCCAACAACUUGUCAACAGGAUGUGUUCGCACUGCUUGUUUCCAGCUUCUUGACAAGUUGUCAACGGCUUGUUCGCAACUUUCUACAAGGUUGUUGAGCUCAACAGACUUGUUACAAGUUGUUGGAAUAACUUGUUAUCGUCCUGAGUGACAACCUUGUAGCAACUUGUGAAAUAACAUUAUAACAGCAUUGUUACAACUUGUUGACAAGCUUGCUACAAACAUGUUGCGAACACAUCUUGUUGACAAGUUGUGAGAUUUUACGUAUGUAGUUGAUUAAUCAAAAUUUUCAACUGUGCUUGAGAUUAAUCAAAAUUUUCAACUGUGCUUGGUUUUCAUCUCAAUUCACAUUUGUAUUUACCAGAUUUCCACUAUGAAGGAUUUUCUAACUUGGAUCAAUGGCACAUUCGUGGAUGCAUUAUGUUUCUCGCCCAACAAACCGAGAUUAUCCUCAGAUGAAACAAAUACGGUAUUUGGUCAUUUUUAUCUUGUCGGUUCUGUGAGAUUGUAUCAAACACGGCACGGAGAGGGUAAGUAAGUUUUAUUAUUCAAUUUACUUGAACAAAGGCCGAUUUACAAUGCAAAAAUAUUUACUAAAACUGUCGCAUGCAAACUGCUUACAACUUGAGUUGUACUGUGUAAAUCAUUUUAUUUAUUUGCCAUCAAAUUCAAUAUUACUACUUUCAGACAAUGAUUAUGAAAUUGAUACUGCCUAAAACACUAUGUAAAUCAACCACACAACUCGCUUACGUUGUCAUAGGAGAAUUGUAUACUUGAUUUACACAGCGCAACUUAAGUUGUAAGCAGGGUACACACAACGGUUUUAGGCAAAAGUUGUGUAGUGUAAAUCGUCCUUUCAAAAUAUUAUGCAGGAUCAAAUCUAUCUUGGACUUAGAGGACACUCGGAAACGACGUACCCAUAAAAUUAUACAAUACACUCUUUCGAUAAUUACGUCACAACUACACUGAUUUCAACUUAGGACCACCUUAAAUGGAAAGGACUUCAAGGGUUUUUUCUCAUGGGUUAUGCACAGAGAAGCAGAACAUCCUUCUUCAACACUUGCAUGAAAAAUAAUUCUUUAUUUUGACCAAUAAAUGUGGAAAUAAGCUUUAACACGAAAACGAGGCUCCGGGUUAUGAUCUGGUUUCAAUGUUUAUUUCCAUAUUUAUUGAUCAAAAUCCAAAAUUUUUUCAUGCAUGUGUUGAAGAAGGAUGUUCUGCUUCUCUGUGCAUUGCCCAUGAGAAAAAACUUCAAAUCCUUUCCAUUUAAGGUGGUCCUAAGUUGAAAACAGUGUAGUUGUGACGUAAUUAUCAAAAGAGUGUAUAGGCUAAUUACGCUUUCAGUUUGCAGCAAAACAAGACAAAAUUUUUCAUCCAAACAUUUCAACCAAAAUUUAAUCAAUCUGUUUUUAGGCAACGUCCAGUUGGCCCACAAAUGUUCGUAGUAAUAGAAGCAUGAAAUAUCAUGUUUUCGCGCUGAUGUUAAAAAAGAUCACUCGAAAUUUUGUUCUGUUUUAGUAAGUUCAACCAACCACACUAAAAAGCCCUUAUUCAUGGACAUGAAUUGUUUAAACCGUACUGUAAGUGACCAGAACCAUUUUACAAAAAUCAACAACUGGUUAAACACACGAACUCGUGAAAUCAACAUCAAAUUUAACGUGUAUAAUCCUGAACUCAAUCUGUUCUGUUUGGCUAAACUCACUUUGGACAUUUUACCCACAAACGGUAUGGAAACGCGAGCGAAUUUUGUAGUCACAAAACUUUUUGCUGUCACUGGCAUUUUCGACACGCUGACAGUCGUCAGCCACGUUUUUGUCUUUCUAUUCUUUUUGGCGUUCACGUACCGUGAAUUAAAGCAAGUCUACCUGCGGAGAAGGGAGUAUUUUAAAAACUUUUGGAAUAUACUUCAAGGGAUUUUAGUUUUGCUAAUAUUAUCGUGUAUCGUCGUGUUCUUUCUGCGCUUGGCAAUGGUCGAGGAACUUUUAAGGAAACUUGCGAAGAACGAUAAAAGUUUUGUACAUUUCGACACGGUCGUAUUUGUGGACAACAUUCUCGCAAACCUGAUAGCAUUUUUGGUGUUCCUUUCGUGGCUACGUGCUACCAAGUUUCUGCGGUUCAACCGAAGAUUGUCGUUUCUACAAGACACCUUAGGAAAGAUAGCGAAACCUCUGGCAACUUAUUCUGUCGUAUUUCUGACCGUAUUUUUCGCGUAUGUGCAUUCUGGCUACCUCCUAUUCUCAAGAGAACUGGAAAUAUUUAGCAACCUCAGAUCCACGUUUACUGCCUUGUGUAGCCUCUUUAUGGGACACUUCGAUUUCCCGUCGCUGCAGAAUUCAAAUCGCAUCAUCGGACCCCUCUUCCUGUUCUCGGCUCUGUUUUUUGGAGGGUUUAUAAUAAUCAAUAUGCUAAUCGCGUUGAUUCUCGAAAGUUUUUGGGCAGUAAAAACGGCGAGCCGAGCUAACCAGUAUGAAAUAUUGGAAUAUAUUAAAAAGCACCUACGUUACUGGUUUGGAACAACCGAGGAACACACCCCUCGAAGAGCAGUCCUACGAGAUUCGACCCCCGGGAAAAGUAUUCUACGGGAUUCGACCCUCGGGGAAAAUUCCCUACGAGAUUUGAUCACUGGCCAUACAACUCUACGAGAAACGUCCGUUUGUAAGGAUGGACUUAUCCCCCAAGAUAGCAGCUCCUCCAAGCGGAAUGAUAGUAACUCCAGUUUAGCAGGAAUUGAGAGGUCAGUCAGUGGCUUGAUGACGUCAUUGGAAUGCGUAUGCGCAGAGGACUGGCACGAGGAAGUGAUGUUGUACCGGUUGUCUUUAAAAAGCCUGGGGCUAGCGUGCUAUGGAUGGUUAGGUUACGUGAGUGAUUCGGAAAAUCGUCGGGAUUUGGAAGUGGAUUUGUUGCGUAAUGAGUUAUAUGACGCAGUGGAGAAGUAUUCUCAAGAGCUCACAGACCGCGAUCAGAAUUCUGAGAAACUGGUGUCUAGCUGUGAAGAGCGAACAUUCUCCACGUUUGAUCUAAACUUUGAGGUUUGUUUUUGACUUUCAAAUUUUUGGUUUUCCAACUUUUUUACUUUAUAACUCUUCCUCCAUUUUAUCUGGUAUCUGAAUCUGAUUUCAGCGUUGGUGCUCACAUUCAGAAAUGUUCAAACUUAGGGACCGGUCGUAAAGUAACUGCUAGGAUGGCCCGGAGGAAAUAAGAAUGGGCUAUGAAAUUAUUUGCGUCAGUUUGGGUGGGACAUCAAUUUGUUUUUUGUGCAAAUGGAUGGGCCAUGAAACACAUAUAGCCUGUUUGCACUCAAUACAUACCUUAUUCUAUAACUACUACACAAGUUAUGAGAAAGUGACUCAGUGCAUGGUUUGAUCGAAUGACCUACGAUGGCCUUUGAAAUUGUUUCUAGGUUCUUAGGAUGGGCUACCGGAUUUUGUUUUUGGAAAACCUAUUCUUCCCUCCGGCCCACCCUAGCAGUUACUUUAUGACCGGUCCCUUACCGGAAUAAGAAAAUUAAACUACAUCCUUCAAUUCUAGUUGGUUGCCUCCAAAUACAAGACUACUGCAUAUAAUGAAAAGAAUGAACAUUAUUUUCUCACUCUGAUAACUGCAGGUUUAACCACCAUCUGCUUAGUGAAACCCAGCAAAAUGGACAACCGUUUUAAGGUCUAGAUGUAGCGAAAGCAAAUUCCCAAUGCUAAAAUCCAGGCAUGCUACGGCAGGACUAACUCGCUUUAUUUUUUUGUCUUUUGAACUAUUUUAGGAGGAAAGUUUUUAGCAGCUUGCAAAAGAAAUGGUUCUUACGACAUUAAAUGAUAUAACGUUUUUAAAACUUUAAUUUUAUCUUGUCAAUAAAUAUUUGAUUUCUUCAUCAUUCUGUAGUCAUGUAGGAGAGUUCGUCCCAUUACAGCUCAAUUUACUCCUUCGCAUUUGACCACUACCACCCAAUUCACAUUUUCAGAGAACUCGCAUGCUCAGAUCUGAACUGUUCUGAUAAUUUAAGCAUAGAAUGGAACAAAGGUAACCAAACAUUAAAUUACCCUUUCUCACGAAGGACAAAUUCGCCAUUUUGGGGGCACUUUUUUGGAAGCAAUGUGAAAAAUCUAUUUCAAACAUUUAACUGUAAAUGAACUUAUAAUGAUUAUACUCACAAUUCUAGUUAUUCAAAUACCUUGUUCACUGCGUACAAUCUCAGAUUUGGAAAAGACUACCCCAAAAAUGGCGGCGUGCAGAAAGGCUAAUUAUAUAUGAGUGAACCGGGUGGUCAGUGGUAAUGCAAGUGCAGAGAAUAUAUUAUAUAUACAUACUUGUCCAAUAUUAUAAUAACUAUAUAGUGCAGUUUUUGUCAGUGUCUCUAAAUUCUCAUAUGAUACUCAUUAUCGUGAAUAAAUUAUAGUGCAUUUGCAUUUUUGUCUAGAUUUCUCAAACGCCGUACAGAUUUCCUGCCAUAUUUUAAUAUACUGUACAUAGAAAAAUAAUAGUUUACACAACACAACUUUGCCUAAAACUGUCACAUGCAACCUGCUUACAACUUGAGUUGCACUGUGUAUAUCACGGCACAUAACUGAGUUGUGUGUUUGAUUUACACAGUACAACUCAAGUUGUAAGCAGGUUGCAUGCGACAGUUUUACGCAAAAAUUGUGUUGUGUAAAUCGACCUAAUUUCGUGGAAUAGCCUGAUAUAAAUUUAUAAAUAAGUAUAGACAGCUACUGACUGAAAGAGAUUAUAUCAACGUUUUGUGCGAAGGCCCGUCGUCAGGAAAUAAACCUUUCCGGUGCUGUACGUCACAACUACACUGUUUUCAACUUAGGACCACCUUAAAUGGAAUGGAUUUUAAGUUUGUUUCUCACGGGCUAUGGUCAGAGAAGCACAACGUCCUUCGUCAACACAUGCAUAAAAAAGGAUUUUGGAUUUUGACCAAUAAAUGUGGAAAUAAGCUUAAACACGAAAACGAGGCUGAGGGACCAAGAGGGGCCAUGGCCCCUCGGCCUCGUUUUUAUGUUUAAGCUUAUUUUAACCUUUAAUAGUCAAAAUCCAAAAUUCUUUUUUAUGCAUGUGUUGACAAAGGAUGUUCUGCUUCUCUGUGCAUAGCCUGUGAACAAACUUGAAAUCUAUUCCAUUUAAGAUGGUCCUAAGUUGAAAACAGUGUAGUUGUGACGUAAUUACCAGAAAGGUCUAUUGAAAACAUUGAUUGAGUCAAACACUACCUACACUGGCAGAGUAUAAAAUAUACACAACUACAUAUUCUGUCUAAUAUUUUGAUAUAAAUUGCUUCUUUGUACAUGUUUCACACAUACGUCGAUGUGUCGUGAUUUCCAGUAGAUUUGUCGUGAUUUGCAGUCGGACUGAGGGGAGGUGAUUCGUGGCUGUCUAU